UGAUAUAUUUUUAUGAAAUAUUGAAAUAUUGAACAGUGAGCAUAUGUCGAUUGUCUUAAAAAAUCAGUUAAAUAUUAGUUAAAUGCCACGGUUUCAAAACGGAGCCAACCAUGCGAAGGUCACUGUUGUUAACAUUGUGUGUGUUUUGUGCAGAGUUUUUUUUCUUUAUAUGUUUUUAAAAAAACCCACUCCACAGGAGUGCACAAACAGGAGAGAGAGGAGUGUCCCCUCUGACCAGGGUUUUGGACCCACACUCUUGGGUCUGCAUUCCUGUCCUCAUUUCCCUGGGGGUGCCAGGACAAAGUACUCCAGACAGGGGCGGCUUGAAGCUCAAGCUUCAAGCUUGAGAUCUGUCUCAGCUCAGGUUGGGCUGGGGCUGGUUCCUUCUGAGGCCGUGCUGGGGCACCUGCUCCGGGCCUCCACCCUGCAUCUGGGGGCUUGCCAGCAGUCCUUGGCAUUUCUGUCUUCAUCUUCUCUGAUGUUCUCCCUGUGCCCAGUUUUCCCUUUUCACAAGCAUGCCAGUCCCACUGGGUUGGAGCACCCUCCAUCAUCAUCUGCAAAGAUUCUAUCUCUAAAUUAGGUCACAUUCAGAGACACCGAGGGCUAGGAUCCCCGGCAUAUCUUCUUGGGGGACAGAGUUCAACUCAGACCACGUCCCUGCCAGGAGGAUCUCUCUGGUAACCCAGAGUGGUUCAGUCACUUGAAGUUGUGAUGAAGACCAGUCUCUCUUCAGCUGGCUGCUAUUGGUCUAUUGCACAGCUCACUUUCCCGUCCAGUUCUGAGCUUCCCCUGCUCCCUGCUGUGGGGCUGCAGGUCUUCAUUCCCCAGAUGGAAGGCCUCUGAUCGCUUCUGUCUCUGCUCUUCCUUAACCCUUUGUUCUCCUCAUCGGACUGCUUCUUUCUCCACCAGGGGCAGGGCAGGAGGAGGGGAAAGUAACACAGAUGUCUCCUUGCUUGGUUCUCUUGGUAGCUUCCCCUGCCUAGCUGGCUGCCCUCUGUCAUGCUGGAGGCCACCUGAUGGCCUUUUGGGGGUACAGAGCUUGUGAUACCAGCCCGGACUGUCUGGCAGACCUCGGUGCCCAGCCCGAGCUCCUGGCUGGUCCUUCUUCUCUGUGUCCUUGCAGUAGAAUUCACACCCACCUACCUUCCUACCCUCCAGGUGCCACCAGGAACUCUCGCAUCCUGGUUCCAACACAUGGAGGCUGGGCACGGGGGCUCCUGGUCCUGCCCCCUCUCUUCACCUGAUCACCAUGGUGGCCAUUGCUGGCCUCUAACUUCUGAGUUCCUCGGUUGCAAGGCUCACUCUUGCUGCUGGGAUCCUGCAUGCACAAAGCUCUCCCCAGAGAGCACGCCCCCCGCCCUUGUCUGCUGAACCACCAUAUGUCCCAGAGUUCUGCACCUGGGCACACAUCCAGCCCAUGGGGGGUGCAAUUUUACCCCCCUACUUUUUGCAGGCUCCCUUUGGUUCUUUUGUAACCACCCCCCUUGGCAUGGGAAGGAAGAAAAACCCCACGUACACCUUCAGUAGACACCUCUCCUUUGCCAUUCCUUCUACAAAGGAGGUGUCUGUCAGCUUGGGUCUAGAAGCUCCCCCAGAGAACGUGGGGUGUUUGGGAAUUUAGCUGAAACUCCGGGGAUCUAGGAAAAUCCCAUCCAUCUACCUGAUACCCAUCUGUGAAUCGCAUGUGUUUACGGAUUACAUAGCCUCCUUUUUUUUCUUUCCCCCACUUACUGUUCUAGACAGAAGCGAUUUCCAUGUCUGAUAGUUUCUUGUAUGAUAUUUUAAAUUGAUUCGUCGCAUGGCAUGCUUGAAGUGUAUCAAACUUGACUGACUAAUCUCUUAUUUUUAAAAAUGUAGGUAGUCUCUAAUUAAAACCAAAACACCCUCAGAAUUCUUUACGGAGUUUCUGUAACUCUAGAGUUUUAGUGUCUCUGCAGACUUCUCGGACCCAACUCCCAUGUGUCUCUGUCCCGAGUAGGAACAUACGUAAGAUCAACCUCGUGUGUGUUCAGGAGAGAGAUAGGUGUGGGGUCCAGUUGACGCUUCCAGCCACAGUAAAUUUGCUCCUGAACCUUCGUGUUCCUGUUCCCUGGCAAAAUGAGGAAAGGAGGAGGAGGGCUCAGGAGAAGCCAUCAGAUCUUGUCCCAUACUUGGUGUCUGCUUUUCCCGGCCUAUCAGGGAAGGACCAUGUACCCGCGGUCGUUGUCAUUCAGAGACGUGGCUGUGGGCUUCACCCGGAAGGAAUGGCAGCAGCUGGACCCCACACAGAGGACGCUGUACCGGGAUGUGAUGCUGGAGAAUUAUAGCCACCUGGUCUCAGUGGGAUAUCAAGUCACCAAACCAGCUGUGAUCUCCAGGUUGGAGCAAGGGCAAGAACCAUGGAUGGAGGAGGAAGAAAUCCUCAGAUGGAGCUUUCCAGGAGAAAUUUUGCAAGUUGACCACCCAGAAGGAAGACCACAGGAACACCAAGACCGGCUUCUGAGGCACAUUGCGUUCCUAGACAAGCAAGAACCGACAAAGAAAGGGCACCACGAGUGUAACCCAAUUGAAAAGACAGUCCGUCAGGACACAAACCUUGCUCCUUCAAAACAGCAGGUCCAUACAUGUGACUCGUGUGGAAGGAAGCUACCACGCAAUGUAGACGUCAGCCCCAACGCCUACCUUGCAAGAAGGCGAUUUGAGUGUGACGGACAGGGGAACCUGUUUCUCUACUCCAAGCUGGAAACACCCCCUUCUGGAGGGCGGCCACGUGAGUGUGACCAGUGUCGGAAAGCCCUCCGCGGGGACCAGGCCCGGAAUGCCCACUGGGGAGCUGGUGGCGCCGACGGAGCCCACAGGUGCCCGCGUUGUGGGAAAGGCUUCUCCUACGAAUCAGAACUCAGGACACACCUGGAUGUACACAGGGGUGAGCAGCCCCCUGCGCACGGGGCCCAGGGGCUAGGCUGCAGGGUUAGCCGGGGAGCUCACCCCAGAGAGAAACCCGGGGGCGAUGGCAGCGGCGGGACGAUGCCAUCACAGAAGACGAGCCUGUCAUUGCCCGCCGCAGCUCUUGCAGGAGGGAAGCCGUACAAGUGCUCUGAGUGCGAGAAGACCUUCUCCCACAAGUCCCGCCUCAUCGAGCAUCACCGGUCCCACACGGGGGAGAAGCCCUACGGCUGCAAAGAGUGCGGGAAGUCGUUCUCGCGCAAGUCGUGCCUCAUCAUCCACUUCCGGACCCACACCGGGGAGAAGCCCUACGGCUGCGGCGAGUGUGGGAAAGCCUUCUUCCAGAAGUCCCACCUCAUCCUGCACCAGAGGACUCACACGGGCGAGAAGCCGUACAAGUGCAGCGAGUGUGGGAAAGCCUUCUCGCAGAACUCCUGCCUCAUCAUACACAAGCGAACUCACAUGGGCAAGAAGCCCUACGAGUGCUCCGAGUGCGGGAAGACCUUCUCCCAGAAGGCCAACCUCAUCCGCCACCACAGAAUCCACACCCGCGAGAAGCUGUACGGGUGAGGGGAGAGCGGGGGCUUCAGCUCCCGAGUCCUGGCGUGUUGGUGGCGGUCGAAACCUCUGGAGGUUGUGAGUGUGGAAAACCCUUCCGCAGGAAGUCCAGUGCGGUGGGUGUGCAGAGAUGCAAACCCAGGGGAGACUGGACUAGUCAGGAGAAUCAGGAAGGGCUCGUCUCUUAAAACCAGUGAACGAUGCUCUAGAGUGAUCUAUUUUUACAGGGUAUACCUCAUUAUAAAGUCUAUCUGCAUUAACUGUGGCUAUAGGGCUUUGAAAUCUGUGACUAAAUUAAAUCAUUAAGACAAUAGGUCUAAUAAACAUCAGAACAAUCCCAGGGGGCACAUAGCGGGUCUGUUCCUGAGGACGCAGCCUA